CAGCGCACCGCUCGCAUGGCAGAUGCUCCGCUCAACAACUCUUGGCCCUCCUUCUCCAAACUCUGGAUAAAGAGAUUGUCCUUCAAGAGAGCCUCCGAGUGCAAGCCCUACAGUGGACAUCCAGUUGGACAAACAAGUGGACCAUGUAGUGAACGACUGAGUGGACAACAGCAUGGUCAGUGUCGAGCUCCUGCGGGGACAACCUCCUCCCCCUCUCCUUCACCUCCCUCUAUCACGGACGCUUUUUUCUUCGGCAGCACCAACGAGGAGCAGGAUGCGUGCUCUGUAGUGAGUGAGUCUGAGGUGAGAGGUGAGGAGGUGAGCAGCAGCGUGGAAGACCUACAGGGCCUGAGCUCUUCCUUUGGGGACGCAGACUACUUCAGAGAUUUGGAGGUGGUUUUCGACAGUCCUUUGCAGACCAGCAGUCUGGAGCUGACCUCCCAGACCACAGCACCCCAUGUGACUGAACAACUAUCAACCGAGGAAGUGCCCGGCACCCUUCUGGUCACCCAGCUGAGCCCCAAAGGUUUCCCGAGCUGUGUGAUUGACAGCCAUGACUCUGUGGGCCUGGGAGUUGUUCUUAGUGUGACCACUGAUCUGGAUGGAAGGUUGGAAUCGAUGGAAACAACUCCAACCAAAACAGGAAACGCAAUGCAUUUCAAUGGAGAUGUCGAGGUUGACAGCUUCCCUAAUUUAGCAAGAUCCACGUCGACCUCACGAAGGCACAGCUGGGGUGUCCCUGUUGCCCCCAUGAACCUGGGGAGGAGACUUAGUCUAGACACUAUGGCCAUGAACAGCGAUGGAGAUGAAGACGAGGCAGGACACAACGGUCUCUUUCAGUCCACCCAGCAGAAAACCGAUAGCGGCACAGCCCUUCCACUGGAUGAGAUAGACGGUCCCAAGGAGAGGCUCUCCUGUCCUGCUGCCAAGCUUGACGGUGUUCCCGGCAAGCAAGUGUAUUCCCGCUCUGAGAUCCUCGCCACGGACGAAUGUUCACGUGCAGCACACAUCACACGUAUUGUACGGACAUCCAAACAGGCUGCGAGGGCAGCAGGAGCAGAGGAGUUUGACCCUGAGGAACACCUGCAUUCCAAUGAGGGGCAGAGUCACAUGCUGAUGGUACAGAAAGUUCUGCAGGAGUUGAAGUUGUACCACGGAGCUAAGCAGGGGAACAACAAAACCAAUGACAAAGAUACCGAAAGUGUCACAUGGUACGAGUUCCUCUCUAAUGAGAAUGAGGAAGAGGAUGAUCGAAGUGAGAAGGUGGAAAAAGGCAUCAAGGUGAAGAGGACUCUCAGCUCACUGAGGAACAGGAUGACCGGCUCCUUCAAUAAAGAUAAGGGUAAGAACCGAGAUAAACAGCAGCAGAGGGGUAAGGAGAAAGAGAGGGAGGCCAAAGAGACAGAGUUCAGCCACAACAACGUGCAUCUUUUUGCGCUCGGCACUUUUUCCAGCUGCGCCACCUGCUCCCUGUGCGGCAAGACGCUGCAGAAAAAGCAUAGCCUUCAGUGCAUGAAUUGUGCUGUGAAUGUUCACAGGAGCUGCAAGUCUCUGCUGGGUGACUGCACCAGCACCAAGAACAAGAGAGAUUCUUUAUCAAGGACAGGCCCAUCUGGAUCUCCUAAUCUCCUACUAAAAGACCGCCAUAGAGAGGAGGAACAGUCACGCACAGCCUCAUCACAGACCCUGAAUGGCCAUGCAAAUUUUCUCGCCCCCCCAGGCAUGACUAUCAUUCCACGGGGACCAAGUUACCAGCUUAUUACAAAACCUAACAUCACCUCUCCUGGAGCUCCUGCUUUAUACCUCGGCCACAGCCUGUGCCACCACAGCAGCUCAGGGUCUCUCCCUGGGGAGAUGGAUGAAAACGACAGUCUUCGCUUCAAGCGCUGCAAUGAAGACACCAUUUCUCUCGUUCCCUCCACAACUGAGUCUAUCGUAGUAGAGGAUGCUCACUAUGCGGAAGUGCGAGCAGAUCUGGAGAGUGAUGCACAGGACCUAGAGGUUGAGUCCUGGAGUUUGGCUGUUGACCAGCAGUUUGUUAAGCAACACUCUAAAGAUGCCAUAAAGAGACAGGAUGUCAUAUAUGAGCUGAUGCAGACAGAAAUGCACCACGUGCGGACACUGAAGAUAAUGCUUCGCGUUUACAUCAGAGAAUUGAAGGAGAACCUCCAGAUGGAUUCGUGCAGACUGGAAUGUCUCUUUCCGCGCUUGGAAAACCUGCUAGAGCUCCACAUGCAUUUCUUAUCCCGACUUAAAGAACGCAGACGAGAAAGCAUUGUUUCACCCACAGACGGCAACUACAUAAUGGACAGAAUAGCAGACAUACUCAUUGCACAGUUUUCAGGUGAUGUAGGCGACAAAAUGAAGGACAGCUAUGGCGAUUUUUGCAGUCGCCACACUGAGGCUGUCACCUACUACAAAGAACAAAUGCAAACAAACAAAAGAUUCCACAGCAUUAUACGGAAAAUCAACAACCUGUCCAUUGUGCGAAGGUUAGGUGUGCCCGAGUGUAUUCUGUUGGUAACACAGCGCAUUACCAAGUACCCAGCACUUGUCGAGCGCAUCCUGCACAGUACAAAAGUGGGUACUGAAGAACACACGCAGCUCAACCAUGCAUUAGGUUUGAUUAAAGACGCCAUUGUUCAAGUGGACUCUUUGGUUAAUCUGCACGAGAAGACAUGCCGGCUUCGUGAUAUCCACAACAAGAUGGAGCCAAAGGCACUUGGGAAAAUCAAAGAUGGCCGAGUGUUUCGCCGAGAAGACUUGGCGCAGGGUCGAAGGCGCCUUUUGCAUGAGGGUACCGUCCACUGGAAAGCUGCCUCUGGCCGACUCAAAGAUAUUCUUGCAAUUCUCCUCUCUGAUGUCUUACUGCUGCUACAAGAGAAGGAUCAGAGAUAUAUAUUUGCAGCAGUGGACAAUAAGCCGCCAGUCAUCUCUCUUCAGAAGUUAAUUGUUAGGGAGGUGGCCCAUGCCGAAAAAGCCAUGUUCCUGAUUUGCGCUUCUUCCAAUGAGCCUGAGAUGUACGAGAUCCAUACGACCUCCAAGGAAGAAAGAAACACUUGGAUGACACACAUACGGCAAGCUGUUGAAAGCUGUCCUCAUACAGAAGGCAGGCUUUUCAGUGAGGAAGAGGAGGCCCGAGCUUCCCGGUUCAAAGAAUUUCAAGAACGUCUGAGCCAAAAGGAUGCUGUGAUUGUCCAGGCGCUUUCUGAGAAGUUGCAGCUUUUUGCAGACAUGGCAGAGUCUGUGGCAGGUCUGGAGGACACAGCUUCCCACUCCAAGCUUCUUUUACGGGGUAAUGCCUCAGAUCUCCAGCAGGGGGAAGCCUUGCUUAAGGAUGCCAUCACUGAGGUGGAAAACCUCCAGAAUUUACUCCAGUCUGGAGUGAGGGACAAAGUCGUGUCAUCACAGCAAGCUGAGGGGAGCAGCUCUGGACUCCUACCGAGGAGAGCAGACACCUUUGGGGGCUAUGACAGCAGCCCCACCAUCCUCACUAAGAAUGGCAAUAUGAAGAAGAACUUUUCUGGUGAGUCCAGAAACAGAGAACGAACCCAGCGGGCCAGCUCUGACCCUCAGCUCAAAGAUCUCUGCGGUUGCCAAACUCUGGAGCAGACGGUUGAUGAGACCUGCUGGACUCCAACAAGAUGGAUCCGGAUCUGGUCCAGCUCAUUCCCUGAGGCAGAGUUCUUCAACAAAGUAUUAAAACUUUCUCAAAGGCUCUACAGUCUGCAGGCUAUCAUAUCACAGCAAGACAGUCAAAUUGAGCUCCAGCGUGUCUCUCUGACGGAGCGUGCGUCUCUGCCUGGGCGCCACCGCGGGAACGUGCUCCUGGAACAGGAGAAGCAGCGUACACUGGCUCUGCAGAGAGAGGAGCUCGCCAGCUUCCACAAACUGCAGUCUCAGCAUCGCCAGGAACGGCAGCGCUGGGAGAAGGAGCGAGGGAAGCACCGCCAACAAGUGGAGGCGACAGAGGCCAGGCUGCGGGAAAGGGAGGAUGAAUGUAGGCGGCUGGAGGAGCGGCUGGCUGAAGAGAGGGUGGAGCUGGAGAGGCAAAGGGAGAUGUACCAACAGGACCUGGAGAGGCUAAGAGAGUCCACUCGAGCAGUGGAGAAAGAGAAGGAACGUCUGGAACACCAGAAGAAGAUCAAGAGGAAAACUAUUGAGGUGGCCCCUAUGUCUGGCAGUCUAAAUGGGGAGCUCCUCUUAUCCUCUGGCCUCAGCAGUUCUACCAGCCUCAGUGACACAUCCUUGCAGCCGAAGUCCCUGGUGCGUGGCAGCAUGUCGGUGUCGCCAUCUGACUACCCUGAGCGGCCCGAGGUGACGUUGCGGCGAGACGCCAGCUCCUCUACACUGCCGUUGAAGACGGAAGUGCCGUUGCAUCUCUUCAGCACCACAAACCAGCAGCACAAAUUGGUGGGAGUGCAACAGCAGAUCCCCACCAAGCUGGCCGCCCUCAGCGGUGCCAAAGGCAAGGGAGUUAAGAGUGGAAAGGCCUCGCAGCGCACUGACAGCACUGCCUCAGUGGACUUGAAGCAGAUUCUCCCCCUGAAGCUGUCGGCGCGUGACGACAACGCCCUCAAAUCCAAACGCUCCGUCAGCCCCCACCAGCAAGCACCGCUGUCUGCAUCUCCUAUGCCUCCUUCCCUCCUUCAUCACGGAGAUCAUCAGCAAAGUCCUUUGGACACUUCUGGACCCGAUUUCCAAUCCACCAUUGUAAACGUCACCUACCCGGCGGCGAUCCACAAGCCCCCCAUAGCCCCAGCCCCGGCCCACAUGCAGAACACCACGUCGGUCCAGUUCCCGCCCCAGGUACACUCGCAAGGCUUCAGCCCGAACCCCCACGUGCACGCGCAGGGCUUCAGCCACAGCGGGCCCCUCACCCCGCCCUACAACAACAACACAGAAGACCUCAAGGAAGACGUCAUCUUCUUUUAAACUCAGCGGAAACUGAGACUAUGCUGUGAAACACGGUGGUCUUCACUUUGCUUGUAGCUCAUUUCAAAAACCCAAACUAAAGCACCACAAGCUUCAUUAAAUGGACGGAAACUGAUCCAAAGAUGGCAGCCGGUGACGUGAAGACGAGACUGUCAGGUGCUAAAGUGUGGAAGAAGGGAGGUACCAAGGCCCGAGUGUGCGUGGUUCUCGGCAGGAAGUCCCAAGCGAUGGAACCAUGUCUGCUUGUGAUGGUUCAUUUGCACAGUGUAAAUAAUCCAUUCCGGACUCUUGAAUGAGCCUUUACUUAAUUAUGCUUUCUUAGAACAUUUGAUUUGCAAACAAGUGCUGUUUUCCAUCUUGGACAAGCCAGGAAAUGAGCUAGCCACUUCAUGUCAGACAUCACACCUUGACUCAUUUGCAAUUAUUGCCUUAAAAUCCGCUUUUCGUCCCCUAU